UCGUCGGCGCCGCCCGCGUCGAACCCGAAGCGGAAACCCCUACCCCUGGGCGCCCUGGUGGCCGCGCUGCCCUCCAAUGCCGAUGCCUUCCUCACCCGCCUGGACAAAUGCCUCUCGACGCCCUCGGGCAUCGACACGGUCAUGCUUUUCGUCUGCUACACCUCCAAGCUGGCCUCGUCGGUGCUCGCCUCCCUAUCACGCUCUGCCCUGCGCCGCUCCGCCCGCGAGUGGAUCGCCCUGGUCGCCGCCCUGCCGCGGGGCACCACCGUGGUGUUCUCCUCGCCCACCUCCGCCUCGGGCGCCGCAGGGAAGUCGGCCGUCCCCAUCCCAUCCGCGGCGGCCCUCGCGCUGCUGCUCUCCAAGCGCCUGGCGUCCCUCUCAUCGCUGCUCAGCGAGGCCCGCAUGAUUUUGCGGCUGUGGGCGCUGCUGGGCAUGUAUUUCUGGGCGCGGGGGCUGGUUCGUCGCACGCUGCUGGCUAGAUUCCAAUCCCGACGACAACAACCACAACAACAACCGGCGGCAACAGCCAACGAAAAGGACGUCGCAACAUCCUCACCACCCGCACCCGCACCAAUGACCAACACGGAAGCCGCAGUCGAAUGGACCCGGCUGCUGCUGUGCGUGGCCUUCCAGUCGCUCGAGAACGCGGCCUACCUGUCGCAGCGCGGGGUGCUGGGGCUGACACCGGCGCAGCAGGGCAAGGCGUACCGGUGGAGCGCGCGGCUGUGGGGCGGGUACGUGGGCGUCGAGCUGGGCCGGCUGUUGGCGGAGCGCGUCGCACCGACACAGACACAGACAAAGGCGGAACGGGCAGAGUGGACCAAGAAGACGGUGCGACAGCUCGCCUGGGCCCCGCUCACGAUUCACUGGGGCAGCGAGAAGGGCCUGGUGAGCGACACCAUGGUUGGCCUGCUGGCGAGUAUCCCGGGUAUUAUUCAGUUGCGCGAUUUGUGGGCUUCGACGGCUUAG